AUGAAUAUGAAAGAAAUUCUCCGAGAAGAAAGGUAUAAAUCGUUUUCACAUUUUCAAGGCCUUUAUCGUAAUUAUGAUUUUGCUGUUAAGAGCAGAUGGUCGAAACAUUCAUAUUUGUAUACUAAGCCUUACGAGCCAAUUGUUCAUGGAACUUUUGACAAUCAACUUGAACUUUUGUAUAUGCCUGAAAUGGUUUCAAUGGAAAUUAUAAAAGAUUUUUUUGCUGAAAUAAUGGCUGGGGGUCGUGGGUUCGGACAAUCAGAUUAUAAUGGGUUAGUGCCGUAUUAA